AUUGUCACAUCUUCAUGCCGGUAGCCAAAGACUCUACUACACCAGCCACACCUCCGCGGGAGAUCUAGGUCAACAUCUCCUAGGAACUGCAAAGCCCGCGUCGACGUGAUGCUAACAACGUUCCUCCCACUAUUCCCUCCGCCCGCAUCCUCCCUCCUGCCUGCACCUCCAUCUCAGACAUCGUCCGAAACCACCUCGCAACCCACACAUUCUCACCAUGCCUCGCGGCGGAACAAGGCGCACGCGGCGCAGAAUCGCAACACCACGCUCGCGGUCUUGUCCAGUGACGAACGCACGAUCAUGCAGCGGAAAAUGGCCAUAGCGAUGUACGGCUACAGCUGGCUCAAGCCGGCAGGGUGCGCGAAGACGAUGCUCGGCCGGCGCGAGGAGGAGCUGGAACGGGAGGAGGUGGAGAAGCAGCUCCGUGAAGUCGAGUUCCAGGAACGAAUGGCCAUGGAGGCGGAAGAGCAGGAACGACUCGCGCAGAGGGAUCAGGUAGGGGAGCCGGUUGAGGGGAGGGAUCUGGAUGAGGAAAUCCCUGACGCGGAUGGCGAGGAGGGAUAUGAGGACGGAUUCGAUGAUGAGGACGUGGAUGUGGAAGAAGAUGGUAUGGGCAUGGGAGGGGAUCUUGACGAUGAUAUCCCCGACGCAGAUGGGGACGAGGACGACGUUGAGGACGACGAUGAUGAUGAUGAUGAUGAGGAAGGGAUGAGCAGUCCGGAGCCAUACCCGCAAGAGGAGGGAUGGAUGUAUGACAGUCGCAGAGAGCCGGACUCGGAUUCGGACCGAGACGGAGAAGAAGACGAAGAUGGCGGCCAACGGCGAGAACAACUCGCAAGAGCGAGACAUGCGCACAUCGCGGACGGACGUGUUCCUGUGCCGGGGAGUGAGUACGACUACGACGAGCGCGCGGCCGAGGACUUGGCGAAUGCUAUGCUUGACGAGGAUGAGAUCUUCGACGACGAGCAGAACCUGGCGGGAGGUGAAGAAAGGGAUCUCGACGACGACGUGCCCGAUGCAGCAGAUGACGAGCAGGCGUGGGAACAUACCGACACCGAGAUCGAGGAGAGUGAGAUGGAUAUCUCGAUACUGCCCGGCCAGUCUGCACAACGACAACAACCUCACCUACAUACCGUGGGUAGAACGAGUAUGGGACAGCAAGCGGCGAGGCAGCUCGCUGGAGGCUCAGGCUCAGGACGACCGUCAGGACCGCGGAGUUCGGGGUCUUGGAUCGCGGGUCCGGCAUCGUCGCCGCAAGUGCGUGCAGGACAGCAUCAGCACCAGUAUCAGCACCAAUAUCACAGACCGACGCCCGCUACUACCGCUGGUGGUGGUGGUGGUGGAUCUGGAUACUCGGGACGAGCAGCCAGGGUCGUGUCAGGCAACCGACACCGGCCAAGUCAGCUUCAUCAGCUUCAGCUCCAGCAUCAGUAUACCCAGACGCCGGCGAUGCUGGACAGUCCGCUUGAAGGAGAUGUCGAUGCCGAUGCCGAGGGGGUUGGAGAUGGAGAUGCGGAACAGGAAGACUACGAUCCAUUCGCGUCGACGGGACCCAGGCACGCCAGAGUACAUGCUAGACCUACGGCUCGGGGCGUGGCCCAUGCCAAUACUAUGGAUACCCCAGGCUCCGGACAAAGAAGACAUGAGGCGGCAAGUGAGAGCCCCUCUCGUGCGGCUGCGGCGCGGAAUUGGCUUGACGGUGCUGCGGCCGCGGUGGGUGGAAGUGCCAGGCGGACACUGUUUGGACGAACAGCGGCCAGAAGAGCAACUGCCGCUGCUGCAGCCACAGGAUCAGGCACGCUUGGUACAUCUAGCGGCGGGCUGUUUACGCCCCCGCCAGGAAUCACUGUCGGUGCUGGUGAAGAGUGGGAGACACCCGUCGAUCAGAGCGGGAGUCAGGAGUCGAGUCAAGGCCGGAGACGGAGUGGUCGGUUUUUGAGUUCGAGAAGAAGAGCGGAUCCGUAAAUGAUCAAAAGAAAGGCACGCAAGGACAAUGGAAGAGACAGACACGUAGAGUGUUAUUAUGAUUACUACGCUGUAUCAUAAUACAGCGGCUUGCAUUCGACGGCAAACCUGGUACUCUCAAGGACAUUCCAAGGACUUCCUGCCAGUACCGGAUCAGACCCAG